AAUAAAAAUAUAAUAUUAGUUACCAAUCUCUUUCUUUUCUUCACAAUUAACACAGAGCAAGACAAGAAAAACCAUAUUCAUGGCAGCCACAACGAUGUCAGCCGAUAACAAACCGUAUGACCGUCUCAAAGAUAUCAAAGCAUUCGAUGAAUCAAAAGCCGGAGUGAAGGGCCUUGUUGAUUCGGGCAUAAGCACCAUUCCUCCCUUCUUCAUCCACCCACCAGACAGUCUAUCAACCAUAGUCCCAAAUUCCUCCAAUCCUAACAUCAUUCCCACCGUCGAUCUCUCCGGCGUUGACUCGGACAAAAGGCCUGUGCUAGUCCAACAAGUAGCACGUGCCUGUCGCGAGUUGGGUUUCUUUCAGAUUGUCAAUCAUGGGAUUCCAUUAGAGGUCAUGGAAAACAUGAUUGGAGCUAUUAAGUCGUUUCACGAGCAGCCCAUGGAGAUCAAGUCACGCAUAUAUGGUAGGGAUAUCAAUCGCAGUGCACAAUUCAGUUCUAACAUUAACUUGUUUCACUCCAAAGCUGCAAGUUGGAGAGAUACUCUGCUGGUUAGGCCAUCUCUUAGCAAUUUUGAGCCAGAGGAAAUCCCAGAGAUUUGCAGAAAUGAGGUUGUGGAGUGGGAUAAAGAGGUCAAACAGGUGGGAGAGGUGUUGAUGGGGUUAUUAUGCGAGGGGCUGGGACUGGAAAAAGGAAAGUUGAAGAAGAUGAUGUUCUUAGAAAAAAGAAUGACCGUGUGCCACUACUAUCCAUACUGUCCUCAGCCUGACUUAACUUUUGGAACUGUUUCUCAUACAGAUGCCGCGGCAUUGACGAUACUUCUGCAAGACCACAUAGGUGGGCUGCAAGUGAAGCACAAUGGAGAAUGGGUGGAUGUUAAGCCUGUCCCGGGAACUCUUGUUAUCAAUGUUGGCGACAUACUUCAGGUUCUUACUUAUGAUGAGUACAGGAGUGUAGAGCACAGAGUGUUGGCUAAUUCUUACCACGAACCACGAGCUUCAGUUGUAGUUUUUUUCAACACUAGCAACAACGAUGACUUGUAUGCAUCAUUACAAUCUUCAUUUUUAGAUUCCUAACUUGUCGCUUGUGGAUUUGAAGGAUUUGAUUAGUAAUAAACAAAGUUACACUAUUCCGCUUAAGGCACUCCAUGAUGAGACUGUGCUUAAAAAGCUUAUCUGUCUCGAAAUUGAUAUUAAUACUACUUACCAAUUGAUUUCUUGGAUCAAGUCAUUCGCGCAGGAGGUAAGGGAAAAAGCCGAAAUGGUAGUUGUGCCAAUCGAGAGGACUCAAAUCGAGAUUGUG